GUAGAAUAAACAAAGGUAAGAUAACCCACGGGCGACCAAUUGACACCUGACUUGUCGUUUACAAUAUAGAUUGAUUAUCCACAACCAACGAAACGAAACGAAACCCCCUUCUUCUCUACGCCACAAACCCCUUAACUCUUCAUUCCUACUCAAACAACAUGCAACUAGUAUAGUUGUUACCGAUUCAUAAUGGAAGCCCCACAACGACGCCGUUUAUCCAUCAUCGCCUCUCAUCUUAAUCCAAUCACAACCACAGCAUCGAUUGUCACACGUUCCCAUUGUAGUUCUAGUUCUGAUCCUGCUGAGAAACAGUGUAAUCUGGAGACUGAUUGUGUUUUCUGUAAGAUUGUUCGAGGUGAUGCACCUGCUUUGAAGCUAUAUGAAGAUGAUGAAUGCCUAUGCAUUUUGGAUAACCAACCUGUAAGCCCUGGGCACUGCCUUAUUAUUCCUAGAGGCCACUUUCCAUCUCUGGUAGCAACUCCCCCAUCCGUCGUGGCUGCUAUGUGCUCAAAAGUACCGUAUAUUAGCAAGGCGGUCAUGAAAGCCACUGGUUCAGAUUCAUUUAACUUGUUAGUUAACAACGGUGUGGAUGCAGGCCAAGUUAUAUUCCAUACACACAUUCAUAUCAUUCCUCGUAGGCCCCGAGACUGCCUAUGGGCUUCUGAGAGCUUGAAGAGGCAGCCCUUAAAGCUAGAUGAGGAAGCCUUGCAUCUUGUUAAUAACAUUAGACAACAAUUGUCAUUUGUGGAUGGUUUUGAAGAUAACAAAGAUCAUGGAACCACUCUCAUUGGAAGCCAGUAGGGUCCACUUUCAUGUGUUUGAUGAUACCUUCUUGUUUGUAAUCUUAUCCAAACUUUGUUUGCUUCUUAUAUUUUUGUAUUGUUCUUUAAGGUUGAUUGAUUGGUUGUACAAAUUGGAGAGGUUUGCAGUGUGUUUUUUCUGGGUUCCCAUUUUGGUUUUUACAAUCAGUUAUCUUUUUCCCAGCUUAUGUUGACAGUUAAA